CAGAACGCGUCCCUCGUGCUCAGCAUCCGCUACGUGCGGACCCUGCCCGGGGAACGCUUCCUGCCCACCACGGCCGUGGUGAUGGCCGAGGCCAUGAAGGGCAGCGCCUGCCUGCUGCUCCUGCUCAUCCAGCACAAGGGCAGUGUCCGGCAGACGGCGGUGACACUGCAUGAGGCCGUGGUGGGACAGUUUGGGGACACACUGCGGUUGGCUGUCCCCUCCCUCAUCUACACUCUGCAGAACAACCUGCAGUACGUGGCCAUCUCCAACCUGCCUGCGGCCACCUUCCAGGUGACGUACCAGCUGAAGAUCCUAACCACGGCGUUGUUCUCAGUGCUGCUGCUGGGGACGGCGCUGUCG